UUUAUUCCAACAUGAAAAAAGCUGUAAAUAACACUUAAACAAACAUGUCAGGACAUCAUAUUUGUGUGGCGGGGUCCUAGCGCCCUCUAUUGGCCAGCCGCCAGUUUUCUGCAUACCUGAACACAAGAGUCCCGGGGCAAUAACGACUGUUGCGAUUAUUUUAUUUUCUUUUAAACACAGAAAAAACGAAAUGAGUGUCUUCAUCGAAAUAAAAGAGGGAAGUGCUGUUUUGGAUAUAUCUGAAAUGCAUAUGUGACUCAUGAGCACAUGGGUGCUUUCCGAAAUUGCUCCCACUCUAUUACGUACCAUCACGCCCGUUUUGUCAGCGCGUAAAGAGGAGGAAGUGUGGGCGUGAGCGUUUUUAUUUCUCCCUCGGUGCUUUAAUUCCAAACACUAUACUUACUGACUCUGAGGGACACCGAGUGUAGCGCGUCUUCACUACAUCAGGAUGAUUUCAGUUUAACAAGGAAGUCUUAGAAGAGGCUGUUAUUAAAAGUCUCACCAUGGUCACGCCGAACCUGUGCCAAACAGCCUUCGCGGUGCUCCGGCGCAUAGAGCCCGCGGUCGUGCUGGAGCAGCUGGGCAGCUCUCUCUUCACCACCGCCCUGCAGAUGGUGGCCAAAGACCGCUGCGUUAACGCCACCUACCCGGACGCCCACCUCUCCAGGGAGGCCAGCCAGCAGAGAGCCAUAUCGGACUUCUACAUGACCUACAACCUCAUCCUCCAUCUGGUUCCGAUCUUACCUGCGCUGCUGCUGGCCAGGUUAGGUGACCGCGGCUGGAGGAGAGUCCCCAUCGCGGUGCCGCUGGGCGGGUACGUGCUGUCGAGUCUCACCCUGCUCCUGGUGGUCAUGUUCCGGCUCCCGCUGGGGGUGAUGUUCGGCGGGGCGGUCUUAUACGGUCUGUCCGGUGGCUUCAGCGCCUACUGGCCCGGCAUGAUGACGCUGGCUGCGCUCUCCUCCACGGCAACUGACCGGUCCAAGGUGAUCAUGACAGUGGAGCUGCUGUAUGGGACAGCGGGUCUGGUGGGCAGCCUCGCGUCAGGUCAUCUGUUCCUGCUGUACAGCUCCAGUUUGGAAAAUGGAACCAUCCUGAUCACCGUCGGCGCACUGCUGCAACUGCUCUGCCUCAUGCACUCCAUCUUCCUGCUGCAGGUGAAACACCGACCCAACAAAGAGCCAGAGGACGCCAGCCCGCUCCUUCCUGAUAACUCCAGUGAAGUUCCUGUGGAGGCUUCAGUGGAGGCUCCUGCUGAGAGAAACAGGGUGAACGUAGUUCUGCUGGUUCUAGCUGCCGUUCUGUACGUCUCUGCAGUGGGAGGAGCAGUAGAAAUGAUCGAAGUCUUUGUGCUAAAAGAGCCACUCAACUGGAGUGCCACUCAGGUGGGUUAUGGGCAUGCAGCAGGCUGUGCAAUUUUCCUCACUAGUUUCCUUGGCGUCAUGGUGUUUCGUCGCUGCGUCAGCGACGUAAAGCUCAUCCUGAUCGGCAUGCUGUCGUUCGCCUCUGGAAUUUACGUCAUGUCCUUCGUCAGGACAACCUCCAUGUUCUACCUCGCUCGCUCACUCAACUUGUUUGCUCUCAUUCCGAUGCCAACUAUCAGAUCUCUGCUCUCACAGCAGGUUCCAGCUUCCUCAUGUGGCACAACUCUCACCUAUCUGCAGUUGGCUCUGACGUUUUGUGGUCUGGCGUACAUCCCUGCCUUUACUAAGAUCUAUCAGAGAACCCUGGACUGGUUCCCGGGCUUUGUCUUCACGCUCGCCAGCAUCAUUACAGUGCUGGGAAUGAUACCUAUCGGUAUUGUCAGCUGGAGAUCUGAGUAUCGUCAGAUGAGACAGAACACAAGGAUUCAGGCAGACUGACGGCACCGACCUCCUCGCCCGCAGUGUGCAGGCAGACGGGAAGCGAGAAUGGGCAAAAAGGAGAACAGUGCUUUAAUCUCGCUUCCUAUUUUGAUAAAACGUUAGACACUGCAAGAGAGAAGUUUCAAAUGGCUUUGGCUGUUACUGGAAGUACAGACAGCAGUGUUGACCAAUCUCUUUUUUCUAGAUACAGGCAAAUGUUAUCAACCAAUGGAAAUAAUUGGGGAGUGAAAUUUUGUGCUCAACAACACGCCCAAGGGGGUUUCCACAUAAUGUGGAUUUGUCAACGAGUGUGUCAGACAUCCUCUCGUACAUAUAUCCUAAGGGAGACUAAAAAGUACCGACGCAUUUUAACAAGUUUCCUGUUAACAGGCUCAAAGGGAAUCUGCGAAUAUGAAACAUUUUUGAUACCAUUGUGACUCUGGGAGUGAGAGAUUUCAGUCCUAAAGCCUUGCAAAUAAAGACGAGGCUGAUGGAAUACAAUUUGACGGAAGUUGGAAGUUCAAUUUCCAGUCAUCAACAUUGUGUACUUUGGCUUUAUUAUUAUUUUUUUAUAGUUGUGUUUGGUCAGGGGAUUUUGCAUUUGGUUUCAACAAAUUUGAAAGGUACUACACUAAUUAAUUAAUUUAUAUAUAUUUAUAUAUGCCAGGUAUAACAUAUAUACCUGGCAUAUAUAUGUUAUGCCAGGUACGUACCAUUACAUAACAUUAUGGUUACAAUUUAU